CUUCCUUUGUUAUUUGGAAGAAGUUACCAUCCCCUCGUCUGCUUUAUACCCAGCUUUUUCUUUUCCUCCCUCUCUCUAAAACCCUUACUUUAUUCCUCCCCCUAACCCUCGAACUCACCCCUAAAAUACGAUCCUCCCCUUGGAAUCCUCCUUGUGCUCACAAACAACACACCUUCCCUUUCUUUCUCUCCUUCUCUCUCCGAACUCAAACCUAGAAAGCAAAGCUCACCACACUCUCUCGUUUGUUUGUUUCUUUGUUGCUAUUAUAGCAUGACCAAUAUUGUUCCAAACAACAACUUUUGCUGAGAAGGGGUUGUAAGUUUCUUGCUGUUUUGUACACCCAAAAGGAAAAAGAAAGAAAACAAAACAUAUGGCAUCACCUUCUGAACUAAUCCUAGACUGCAAACCACACAGUUAUUCUAUGCUAUUGAAAUCUUUUGGAGAUCAGAAGAUUGAUCAAACCCAGAAGCUUGAAGAUUUCCUUUCUCGUCUCGAGGAAGAGCGCCUUAAGAUCGAUGCUUUCAAGCGCGAGCUUCCCCUUUGCAUGCAACUUCUUACCAAUGCUUUGGAGGCUUCAAGACAGCAACUACAGGCAUACCGAGCAAAUCAAGGAUCAAGACCAGUUCUUGAAGAAUUCAUACCCCUCAAAAACUCAAGCUCGGAGAACUCAGAGAAACCACAAAACAUAUCUGACAAAGCAAAUUGGAUGACAACUGCACAACUAUGGAGCCAAACAGGAAAUGAAACCAAAUCGCAAUCCUCAAUUACAUCCCCUAAAGAAACUGGUAUCGGUUUCAAUGUUUGUCCCAAGUUGGCCUUAGAUACCAAGCAGAGAAAUGGAGGAGCUUUCCUUCCAUUCUCCAAAGACCGAAACUCAUGCCCUCGUUCGACUUUACAAGCUCUCCCUGAUCUAGCUCUUGCUUCUGUCAAUAAAGAUAUGGAAGAUAAGAAAUGCUCAGAGACUGAAAAUAGGAUAUCUUGUCAACGGAGGGAGAACUCUGGCAACGCUGGUAACGGUGGAGUUUUGACUGAGCAAGGCAAAGGAACCAGUAACACAGCUGAUGGGCAGACAACAAAUACCAACACUAGUACAAACACUACUCAACCUCACAGGAAGGCUAGGCGCUGCUGGUCACCUGACUUGCAUAGGAGAUUUGUCAAUGCCCUCCAGAUGCUUGGUGGUUCUCAAGUUGCUACUCCAAAACAGAUCAGGGAGCUGAUGAAGGUUGAAGGUUUGACCAAUGAUGAAGUGAAAAGCCAUUUGCAGAAAUAUAGGCUGCAUACAAGGAGACCAAGCCCCAGUCCUCACGCAGCAGGAGCCCCAACACCCCAGCUUGUAGUCCUAGGUGGCAUCUGGGUCCCACCAGAGUAUGCCACUGCCGCAGCAGCCGCCCACAGUGGGGCCCCUACUCUGUAUGGCGCUCACCACCCAGUAGCUCCCCAUGCACCACCACCUCACUUUUGUGCGUCACCUGUGCCCCAAGAAUUCUACACCGUGGCUGCAAACCCAGCUCCAACUCCACCCCAGCUGCACCACCACACCCUCCACCACCAACUCCAUAUGUACAAGGCAACCUCACAGGCACACAGCUUACCGGAAUCCGACCUCAGGGGAGCCCGAGACCGCUCCGAGAGUAUCGAUGAUGGCAAGUCAGAGAACAGCAGCUGGAAAGGUGAGAGCGCCGAAAACGGUAGCGGAGGAGAUCAGAGAAAAGGGUUAGCUGCAAUGAGAGAAGAAGGUGAAGAAAGCAAUGGAAGUGAGAUCACUCUCAAAUUCUAAGAGAUUUAUAAGAGAGUUUUAGGGUUAGGGUUUAGGUAUUCCAUGUAAUUUUCUACAUAAUCGAUCAUAUGCUAUUAUUUUGAAAAAAAUAUAUAGAUAAAAUUUUUUAUGUUAAAUGUGAAGAGAGGGUAAAAAGGGCAUAAAAGAAAAGUGAGUGUUUGUUUCGUACUCAGUUGUUUUCCUUCUGUGCUUAAAUGUCUACUUGACAAACCGUCGAACGUUGGAUUAUUUGUUUUUGGCGUGUUAUGUGAUUUUUCGC